UAGCAGAGCUAGCUUGUUGUUCUGGUGUGUGAGGAGAAUAUUUGAGGCUCUGCAGUAAAAAUGUCUUCACUUCAGUCUCUGGGAGAGUUGAUCAGUUAAAGCGACUAACUGCUGCUGCUGCAGAAAUCUUCUCACCAGGCUGUGGAAACUUUCUUCUCCUCCUCAACAACUUGGUGGAGUUCUUUCCAGAACCGGAGAAGAUAUUCUGCGGUCUUCGUGACAAUCGGAGCUCCAGAAUCAGGUUGUGGAUUGAAGAGGUUCCCUCUAUCAGACUCGCUCAUCUGAGUUGGUCAUGAUGCAGGAUCGCUGCUCGCUCUCUCAUCCAUCCUGCUCACACUCUCCGACGGAAAAGCCCCGAAUCUGAAUGUGACUCUGGAGGAAAAAGCGGUUAGCUCUACUCCGUGAACUCUGCUGUUAGCUAAACACGGCUAAAGAAAACCUGCUACCACUUCAGGAUCUGGGACUGAUUCAUCGUGUGUUCUUCACCACCUGGACCUGGACAGCAUGGACACAGAGGUUCAACAGGUGGUUCUGGUUAAAGAAGAAGCUCUUGAAGAACAGAACGCUGGUGUGGACCAGCAGUAUCCACAAAGUCUUCACAUAAAGGAGGAACAGGAGGAACUCUGGAGCAGUCUAGAGGGAGAGCAGCUUCAUUUGAAGGAGGAGAUUGAUGAUGUCAGGUUUCCAGUCACUGUAGUUUAUGUAAAGAGUGAAGAUGAUGAAGAGAAACCUCUGUUCUCACAGCUUCAUCAGCAACAAAUAGAAGACAGAAAUAUCCCAACCAGCAGCUCAGCUGACCAGAUGACAGCAGAGACUGUUGGAGGAGCAGAAACUAGCAGGAACCUAGACCUGAACCCUCAUGAACAGAUUUUCGAUUCUUCAGAGACUGAAGUUAGUGGAGAUGAUGAGAAGAAAGAUGAUGAUGAUGAUGAUGAUGUUGUGAAUCCAGAUUCUGAGCUAUCAGACUCUGGGUCUAAAACUGGGGACAAUGAUGGUGACUGGAAUGAGUCAGGUGUUAAGUCUGUCAACAAAUCCUUUAGCUGCCCUGAGUGUGGUAAACAGUUUCUUCACAAGUGGUCUCUCCAGAAACAUGUGAGGGUGAAAGGUCAUUCAGCAAUAAGGUCUUCAGGCUGUUUGGUUAAGAAGAACAAUGUUAGAGUGGAGCAACAUGCAGACUCAAGCUGUGAAGUCCAAAAAGAACUAACCACAUUUAGUUGUAAUGACUGUGGAAAAAUAUUAAGUAAUAAAACAAGUCUAAACAGACAUGUUUGGCUCCACACAGGACAGAAACCUUUUAUUUGUGAACUGUGUGGAAAAAGAUUUAGCCUAAAAGCACAUUUAAACAGACAUGUGAGAGUCCACACGGGAGAAAAACCUUUUACCUGUGAACUGUGUGAACAAAGAUUUAGUCAAAAAGUACAUUUAAACACCCACAUGAGCAUACACACAGGACAGAAACAUUUUACCUGUGAACUCUGUGGACAUAGAGUUAGCCAAAAGGCCCAUUUAAAUAGCCACAUGAGAGUCCACACAGGACAGAGACCUUUUGCCUGUGAGCUCUGUGGACAAAGAUUUACUCAAGAAGCAAGUUUAAACUAUCACAUAAGAGUCCACACAGGACAGAAACCAUUUGCCUGUGAACUCUGUGGACAAAGAUUUAUUCAAAAGACAAAAUUAAACUAUCACAUGAGAGUCCACACAGGACAGAAACCAUUUGCCUGUGAACUUUGUGGACAAAGAUUUAUUCGAAAGACAAGUUUAAACAUUCACAUGAGUGUCCACACAGGACAGAAACCUUUCGCCUGUGAACUCUGUGGAAAAAGAUUUACUGAUCAGCGAUAUGUAAAAAGACACAUGAGCAUCCACACAGGACUGAAAUCUUUCACCUGUGAACUCUGUAAACAAAGGUUUACUCGAAAGGCUUAUUUAAACAAUCACAUGAGAGUCCACAAAGGCCAGAAACCUUUUGUGUGUGGGCUCUGUGAACAAAGAUUUACUUAUAAGCAUACUUUAAAUAGACACAUGAGAGUCCACACAGGACAGAAACCUUUUGCCUGUGAAUUCUGUGGACAAAGUUUUACUCAAAAGACUAGUUUAAACAUUCACAUGAGGGUCCACACAGGACAGAAACUGUUUGCCUGUGAACUCUGUGGACAGCGAUUUACUCAUAAGCAAAGUUUAAACAGACACUUGAGAGUCCACGCUAGAGAUGGAAAGAUUCACUGACCUGAGCCUGUGGUUCAUAACAUUAGCGGUGUGACUGCAACAGUAAAUUCAGUGUACAACUGACAGCUAUAUCGCAGUGUAUGUUUCCAUGCAUGUCUCCUUUGUAGAAACCAUGGUUACAUUGAUCACUUCAUAGUUAACCUGCUUGGGCGUGCCCAAAAGGUUAUAUAAGCACUCAUACAAACCUCGUGGCAGUAGUUUAAGAACAAAGGACGCCUUAAGCUCAUUCCCUGCGGGCUGUUUUCCAGCUGGCCCAGCAGAACCCAGCGCUUUAAUGUAAUUAGCUCUCAAAAGUUACUGUAAAAACUUAGAAGCAACUCCGUUGUUUUGUUUUGACUUCCUACGGGAAGUCUGCGUUUUCGUCAAGUUUUCAUCUUAAAAGUAAAAGCUAUUUGGAACACAGUUUGAUGAUUCGGCUCCGUUUUGGAAUAAUUUGGGCCCGUGAUCUGAAUUCCACGUUUCGAGGCCGCAGAGGUGAAGGAACCAAAAAGUCAAGCCACUAUCGAGGAUUACCACAUCCUCUCCUUUCAAGACCAACGUUGACCGAACAGGGAGCCAGUAACAUUUAAUACAAAAAGGCCAUGAGCCAGGAACCCAAGGCGGUUGGAGCUACUGGCCACCCUCCUGGCGACAGAAGAAGGUCUGUGAAUCAUUUUCAUCUGGCUGACUUUUCCUGCUAAGCCCAAUGAGUGAAUUUAGACAAACUUUUAUGGCUCGUUAUUUUCGAUCCAAAUUCUCAUCUAUCAAGAUUUAUCUUCUUUCUCUGCUGCACACGAAUCCUUAUUCACACACACACACUCCUGUAUUCCUACAGUUGUGGUCAGAAGUUUAUAUACACUUGUAAAAAAUAUAAUAUAAUGGCUCUACUGAGUGUCCCGUUAUUUCUAAAACUCUGAUUUUUCUCUGAUAGAGUGAUUGGAACAGAUACUUCUUUGUCACAAAAAAAAUUCAUGAAGUUUGGUUCUUUAAUGUCUUUAUUAUGGGUUAACAGAGAAAAGUGAUCACAUUUGCUGGGUCACAAAUAUACAUACAGCAGUGCUAACAUUUGGUUACAUGUCCCUUAGCCAUUUUCACUUCAAUUAGGCGCUUUUGGUAGCCAUCCACAAGCUUCUGGUUGAAUCUUUGACCACUCCUCUUGACAGAAUUGGUGAAGUUCAGUUAAAUUUGAUGGCUUUAUGACAUGGACUUGUUUCUUCAGCACUGUCCACAUGUUUUCAAUGGGGUUUAAGUCAGGACUUUGGGAAGGCCAUUCUAAAACCCUUAUUCUAGCCUGAUUUAGCCAUUCCUUUACCACUUUUGAUGUGUGUUUGGGGUCAUUGUCCUGUUGGAACACCCAACUGCGCCCAAGACCCAACCUUCGUGCUGAUGAUUUUAGGUUUUGUUGAAGAAUGUGAAGGUAGUCCUCCUUCUUCAUUAUCCCAUUUACUCUCUGUAAAGCACCAGUUCCAUUGGCAGCAAAACAGCCCCACCGCAUAAUAUUCCCACCACCAUGCUUGACUGUAGGCAUGGUGUUCUUGGGGUUAAAGGCCUCACCUUUUCUCCUCCAAACAUAUUGCUGGGCAUUGUGGCCAAAAAGCUCGAUUUUCGUUUCGUCUGACCACAGAACUUUCCUCCAGAAGGUCUUAUCUUUGUCCAUGUGAUCAGCAGCAAACUUCAGUCGAGCCUUAAGGUGCCGCUUUUGGAGCAAGGGCUGCCUUCUUGCACGGCAGCCUCUCAGUCCAUGGAGAUGCCAAACACGUUUGACUGUGGACAAUGACACCUGUGUUCCAGCAGCUUCUAAUUCUUGGCAGAUCUGCUUUUUGGUGAUUCUUGGUUCACUCUUUACCCUCCUGACCAAUUUUCUCUCAGCAGCAGGUGAUAGCUUGCGUUUUCUUCCUGAUCUUGGCAGUGAUGAAACAGUGCCAUGCACCUUAUACUUACAAACAAUUGUUUGCACUGUUGCUCUUGGGACCUGCAGCUGCUUUGAAAUGGCCCCAAGUGACUUUCCUGACUUGUUCAAGUCAAUAAUUUGCUUUUUCAGAUCCAUGCUGAGCUCCUUUGACUUUCCCAUUGUAGCGUUUGUGGGCGUUUGUAUCCAAUGAGCCCUAUUUACCUGGCCUAAGGGAAGUCACCAGCUGUAGUCACUCAUAAUCACUCACAAGAAGUUAAGAGGCCAUGCUAUGAAGCUCAGUUCACUGACACGUUUCUAAGUCACCAAAAUUGCUAGUUCAUGUUGCUGUAUGUAUAUUUGUGACCCAGCAAAUGUGAUCACUUUUCUCUGUUAACCCAUAAUAAAGACAUUAAAGAACCAAACUUCAUGAAUGUUUUUUGUGACAAAGAAGUAUUUAUUCCAAUCACUCUAUCAGAGAAAAAUCAGAGUUUUUGAAAUAUCGGGACACUCAGUAGAGCCAUUAUAUUAUAUUUUUUACAAGUGUAUGUAAACUUCUGACCACAACUGUAUACCCAUAGGAACACACACACACACACACGUGCACUUGUUCUCCUUAGUUAAGUUAUUCCUAAUAUUUUCUAUAAUCCUGGUGUCACCAAAUUUACUCUUUCAUUACGGAUCAGUUAUUUCCUAUCACUGCCAUAAAGCUUUAGGUUAACAAUUUUCUUAAUUCCAUGUAUGAAACUAUAAGCUGUGUUUGGUCCUUUUGUCAAUGUAUUAACUGAUUUUGUAAUAAAGUCACAAAACGUAAAUAA